AUGGGACUACCGUGGAAGACCAUGGACCUGCUCGUGCGCCUGCUGCUGGGCGACGCGCUGCUCGACCCUCCUCUUCCGCCCGCUCUGAUCAACAGAAUCAGUCCCCGGUGCGUAUUGACAACAACCCAACCGACCUUGGUAUUGCGACACGUAUACGAACGAGCCCGCCGUGCCGCUGUCCAGAACGGUGAGCGUGGUCAGCGUGAUGGACGAGCCGACGCUGAACGCGCCCCCUAACGCGUCACCACCACGUGCACCUCGACCUGCUCUCCGCUGGCCUUGACCUGCCUUGACCCGCAGCAGGAGAAGGCCAGCGGAGACCCCGCAGGACUAGAACCGCCCUUAAACCACUCAAGCCCCAGGUUUCAAUCCGCGACUACCUCGGCCCCCAGACGGCCGUGUGCACCCACCAGUGCAAGGCUCGACACUGAGAGUGCGAGAGGUCGAAGUCGAGCGGACACGUCAGCACAUGCGGCUCGCAGGGUAAGGUGCGACUGCCUCCCCUCCCCAGCCCGAUCCCGAGUAUCGAAAUCUACUUGAAGGCUCGGAUAGCGGUCAGUUGCUCCGUCCAAGAACAUCCGUCUGCAGCAGACCCACAUACUGAAUUGUGCGACCCACCUACACAGAAGCUAAAGCAUUCCGCGAGAAUGCCCGGUCGUACAAUAACGCACUGUCCUUCACUUCGCUCGCUGCUCACAUCGACCAGACACGACUGGGCACUCUAGGACCCCCUGUGUUUCGCGUGUUUGGUCGCCUCUAUUAUCGACUAGGCCCUGCCGUGAAUCAACGCCCGGCCACUGCUCAGACACGGCUCAUCGAGCCGGCCGAGGCCACCGACACUCGACUUGGACCUGACGGCGCAGACACUCGCAGACAAAGAUCUACUUUGAUCAAGCUCGAGUCCAUGUUGCAUACCGUGGGUGCGUCGGUCUCGGCCAGGUGGUAG